GCCCUGCGGGGAGGCCCUGGACUGGCGGGCAGGUAGAAGAACCGCGUGCUGGGUUCGGGCCUGCGGUGGCGGGUACUGGGCGUGACGGGCGACUGGCGUAGAGGCCAAGUUCUUGAGUGGUGAGCUUUGUCUCUGAACAGACGAAUGGUGGUGUUCAAGCAACUUAGACUUCUUCUAUGGAAGAAUUAUAUCUUAAAGAAACGGAAUGUCAUAGUAACAGUCAUGGAAACGGUCAUACCAUUGCUGUUUAUGGGGAUUUUGAUUUGGCUUCGCCUGAUUAUUAAGUCAGAAAAAAUUGGUUCUACCCGGUAUAAUGGUCAGUCCAUUGAUGAACUACCCGUGUUUUUACAAAAUCAUCCUCAGGAUUCUCGGUGGGAGCUGGUUUAUAUUCCUUCCAAUAGUGAUGUUGUGAAGGACAUCACUGAGGAGGUGAAAAAGACCUUAAAGAUCGAUUUCAGAGUUCGAGGCUUUCUCUCAGAUGAUGAUUUUAAGAAGUACAUUAAAUAUGAUGAUCACUCUACACAUGUGCUGGCUGCCAUUGCUUUUGACCACAUUUUCCUCAAAAGUGACGAUCCCUUGCCACUUAAGGUUAAGUACUGUCUACGCUUUCAUCAUGCUCCACGGAACUCUGGGAUCAAGAGGAUUCUUUUUAGAAGAUCAACAACAGGCUGGCACACUAGCACACUUUUUCCACUCUUUCCAACUCCAGGGCCCAGGGAACCCUUUUUUCCUGAUGGGGGAAAUCCUGGAUAUGUCAGAGAAGGAUUCCUGACAGUGCAGCAUGCUGUUGACAAAGCUAUCAUGAGGUACCAUGCGCCAGAAGCUGCCAACAAGCUAUUUGACAAAAUCACCUUAACUCUGAGGAGGUUUCCUUACCCAGCUUUCAUUAAGGAUCCUUUCCUCAAUGUUGUACAGUUCACGAUGCCUCUGCUUCUUGUGCUGGCCUUUACUUUCACCGUACUGAACAUCAUCCGUAUCAUUGUGAAUGAGAAGGAGAGAAAACUGAAGGAGUAUAUGCGAAUGAUGGGACUCAGCAACUGGCUACACUGGCUUACCUGGUUCCUUUUGUUUUUGGUCUUCUUCUUCAUUACUGUCUUUUUGGUCACUGUUCUCUUUUGUAUCAAGGUGAAAGAUGAUACAGCAGUGCUUACCAAAAGUGACCCAGUUUUGAUAUUUUUCUUUUUGAUGUGUUUUGCAACGGCUUCCAUCUCCUUUGGCUUCAUGGUCAGCACAUUCUUUGGUAAAGCCAAUUUAGCAGCUGCCACAGGAGGUUUCCUCUACUUUCUUACCUACGUCCCAUACUUCUUUAUUGAACCUCGAUACAACCAGCUUUCUCAUAGCCAGAAGUUAUCAUCUUGUCUCUUCUCAAAUGUUGCAAUGGCAUUGGGAAUUCUGCUCAUAGUCAAGUUUGAAGGGAAAGGGACAGGCAUGCAAUGGAUAGACUUCGUGUCACCUAUUAACAUAGAUGAUACCCUUACCUUAGGACAUGUGGUGAUAAUGCUACUAUAUGACUCUGUUUUCUAUGGUUUGGUGACCUGGUAUGUGGAAGCUGUAUUUCCUGGGCAAUAUGGUAUUCCCCAGCCUUGGUAUUUCUUCUUGCUGCCUUCCUACUGGUUUGGGAAACCAAGAGGGAAUUUAGAAGAAAAGGAGGAGGAAGACCUUGAGAAAUCUCUACAGCAUGAAUUCUUUGAGUCUGAACCCGUAGGCCUGCUAGCAGGAAUAAAGAUAAAAAAUCUCUCCAAGACUUUUAUGAUGGGGAAAAGGAGAAAAGAAGCCAUUAAAAAACUGAGUCUGAACUUGUAUGAAGGGCAAAUCACUGUUCUUCUAGGACACAAUGGAGCAGGGAAGACUACUACCCUAUCCAUACUCACAGGUCUCUUUCCUCCUACAAGUGGACAUGCAUACAUCAGUGGGUACGACAUUUCACAGAAUAUGGUUCAUAUUAGGAAGAGUCUGGGUUUAUGCCCCCAGCACGAUGUCUUAUUUGAUGAAAUGACAGUUGCUGAGCACCUUUUUUUUUAUGCUCAGCUAAAAGGAUUAUCCAAGGAAAAUUGCCCAGAGGAAGUCAAUCAUAUCUUGGGCAUUCUUGAUAUGGAACAGAAACGCCAUACUCUUUCAAGGGCAUUGAGUGGGGGAAUGAAACGCAAGGUUUCCAUUGGUAUCGCACUCAUAGCAGGUUCCAAGGUAGUGAUGUUGGAUGAGCCAACAUCUGGCAUGGAUCCAGUCUCGCGACGGGCUACCUGGGAUCUCCUUCAGCAGCAAAAGAACAAACGAACAAUCAUGCUGACCACUCACUUUAUGGACGAGGCUGACCUAUUGGGGGACCGCAUUGCCAUCCUGGCCAAAGGCGAAUUGCAGUGCUGUGGCUCUUCACUUUUCCUCAAACACAAAUAUGGUGCAGGAUACCACAUGGUCAUAGUGAAGGGACCUACAUGUAACACUGAGGAAAUUUCUCGUCUGAUUUUUCAUCAUGUACCGACUGCCACAGUGGAAAGUAAUGUUGGGGCUGAAUUAUCAUUUAUCUUGCCCAAAGAGAGCUCAGACAAAUUUGAAACUCUAUUUACUGAAUUGGAAGAGAAACAGACAGAGCUGGGCAUUGACAGCUAUGGUGCCUCAGUCACUACUAUGGAAGAAGUCUUCCUUAGGGUUGGUAAAUUGGUGGAUUCUAGCAUGGAUCUUCAAGCAAUCCAGCUCCCCUCUGUGAAAUACAAGAAAAAUACAGAAGAUGAAGAUGAUAGUGAAAAUCUUAGUGACUUAAAUGAAUUAGAUCUGAAGCCUAUAUCUAAAAAGAAAUCUCACAUGGAAUUAAAUACUGGGCUUUUUCUUCACUGCCAGCAGUUCUUUGCCAUGUUGAUGAAGAAGGUUAUGUACAGUUGGCGUGAGUGGAAAAUGAUAACAGCACAGAUUCUGGUGCCUCUGAUUUGUACAUCUAUAGCUCUUUCGGCCAUCAACUACUCUUCUAAGAUUAAAGAUCCACCUGCUCUAGAUUUGUCCUUAAAUGCAUACCAUGAGACAAUUGUGCCUUAUAAUUUCUCUGGAACUUCUGCUCUGGAUCCAAACCUUGAAAAAAUCUUAGUUCAAAUGUUGAGUAGUGAUGGACAUAUAACCAUGCCAGUGCCAGAAAACAUGGAAGAUCAACUGCUUUCUAAGGCAAGCGAGGGGCAAGGCUUUAAUGAGCACUGCCUUGUAGCAAUUUCCUUCAAACAACAUGGAAAUCACACAUUAACCACCAUUUUCUUCAACAAUCAGGCAUACCAUACUCCUGCCACGGCAGUGACAGUGGUAGACAAUAUUCUAUUCAAGUCUCUUUCUGGCCCACAAGCUUCCAUUACUGUCUUCAAUCAUCCUCAGCCUCGAAGUUCCGUCCAAGCUGCAAAGGAGCAGUAUUUUGGGGGCUAUAAUGGAUUUGACAUUGCUGUCAACAUGCUCUAUGGCAUGGGCUCAUUGGCCAGUACAUUUUCUAUCAUGGCAGUUAGUGAAAGAGUCAUAAAGGCAAAGCACAUCCAGUUUGUCAGUGGAGUCUAUGUUGUUCAUUUCUGGCUGUCUUCUCUGUUGUGGGAUCUCAUUGUCUUCUUCAUUCCCUGUUUGCUGCUGCUGGGGGUGUUCAAAAUCUUUGAUGUAAAAGCUUUCACUGAGGACAACCACCCUGCUGAUAUAUUGCUGAUGUUAAUGUUGUACGGCUGGUCCAUCAUUCCACUUAUGUACCUAAUGAGCUUCCUCUUCAUGGCAGGUGCCACUGCCUUCAUAAGACUCAUCAUGUUCAACUUUUUCUCGGGAAUUAUCACCUUAAUCAUCCUCUAUGUCACAAGCAUCCAUGUAUUAAAAUUGGAAAAACUCUCUGAACUUCUGGAUAGAUUAUUCCUCAUACUACCUAACCACAGCUUAGGAAUGUGCCUCAGCAGUUUCUACAGCAACUUUGAGACCAGGAAAUACUGCACCUCCUCUAAUAUUGCAGCCCUUCAUUGUGAAAUGGAAGAUAUAAAGUAUGAAGAUGAUUUCUAUGCAUGGGAAAGUCCAGGAAUUGGAAGGUUUAUGACCUCACUGAUUGUCUCUGGCUUUGUUUUCCUCAUGCUGCUUUUAUCCAUUGAGACCAACUUUCUCUGGAAACUGAAAUUACUUAUAAGUCACCUCUUUAGGACUCGGAAUUGGGCACAAGUGCAUAGCAAAGAAUCAGACCUUCCCAGGGAUGAAGAUGUGGAAAAUGAAAGUAAGAAAAUUGAGGAAUCCCUUCCAGAGCUUUUGCUGAGUACCCCACUGGUUGUUAAGCAACUCACAAAGGUAUAUGGCAUUAGAGUGCCCUUCCUGGCUGUAAACAGGAUCUCCCUAACUGUCCAGAAAGGGGAGUGCUUUGGAUUGCUUGGCUUCAAUGGAGCAGGGAAAACUACUACCUUCAAAAUGCUGACUGGGGAUGAAGCUAUCACUUCUGGGAAAGCCUUUAUUGAUGGCUACAACAUCAAUACCCACAUUAAAAAGGUACGACAGCGCAUUGGUUACUGCCCUCAGUUUGAUGCGUUACUGGACCACAUGACAGGACGAGAGACUUUGGUCAUGUAUGCCCGGCUCCGUGGCAUCCCUGAGCGCUACAUUAAUAGCCUUGUAAAGGAUGUGCUGCAGGAGUUGCUUCUAGAGCCCCACUCAGACAAACUCAUCAAAACCUACAGUGGUGGCAACAAGCGUAAACUGAGCACUGGUAUUGCCCUGCUUGGAGAGCCCUCAGUCGUCUUUCUGGAUGAACCAUCCACAGGCAUGGACCCCGUAGCCCGACGCCUCCUCUGGGAUACAGUGACACGGAGUCGUGAAUCUGGAAAAGCCAUUGUCAUCACCUCUCAUAGCAUGGAAGAGUGUGAGGCUUUAUGCACCAGGCUGUCUAUCAUGGUGAAUGGGCAGUUCAAAUGCAUAGGCAGCCCACAGCACCUCAAAAGCAAGUUUGGGAGUGGAUAUACUCUGCUGGCCAAGGUCAAAAGUGACAUCCAAAAGGACAACAUGGAGGAAUUCAAGCUGUUCAUCAAAGAGACAUUCCCAGGCAGUGUCCUAGAGGAUGAGCACCAAAGAAUGGUUCACUACCACCUGCCUAGCAAGGACUUCAGCUGGGCAAAGGUGUUUGGUAUCUUGGAGAAAAACAAAGAGCAAUAUGAACUGGAAGACUACUCCGUCAGUCAGAUCUCCCUGGAGCAAGUCUUCAUGAAUUUUGCCCGUUCACAGGAGUUUAUUGAAAAUAGGAAAUAGAACUCAGUUGUAUACUGAGAAUUGAUGAGACUUUCCACCAAAUGAAGGCAAAUGUAUCUACGAUGAAGAAUGGAAGGUGCCAUCUGGAAGAUGCAGGCACAAGAGUGCCUGAAUUGGUGAACAAGUACCCUCAGAUUAAAUUGUGUAUAAAAGUAUCGAAUAAAAUCUUAUUGUUAUGAGAGCGAAAUCCUC